AUGGCGGACAGCGAAUUCUCCCCCAAGUUCGCUCCGUUCUUUUCCUUCGCAGGUAUUGCGGCAGCUAUGAUCUUCGGAUCAAUGGGAGCCGCAUAUGGAACGGCGAAGUCAGGAAUUGGUAUCUCCGGAGUGGGAACCUUCAGGCCGGACCUGAUCAUGAAGUCCUUAAUUCCGGUUGUCAUGUCCGGUAUUAUUGCAGUUUACGGCCUCGUCAUCUCGGUCCUCAUUGCCGGUGACAUGGAUCCUCCCCCGAACAAGCAUAUGAGCCUUUACACUGGCUUCAUGCACCUUGCUGCGGGGUUGUCGGUUGGCCUCGCAGGCGUGGCUGCCGGUUAUACUAUUGGAGUUGUCGGAGAUGCGGGUGUUCGUGCGUACAUGCAGCAAUCUCGAGUUUAUGUCGGUAUGAUUCUUAUCUUGAUUUUUGGCGAGGUUCUUGGUCUCUACGGAUUGAUUGUUGGCUUGAUUCUCAACUCCAAAAGCUCUGGCUGA